AUGAACGCGAUCGCGGAGCAGCCGGCCGACCCCACCACGCUUCUGAACAAGUGCCGGGAGAUCAACGAUGGUAUUGCGGACCUGAAGGCCAAACGCGAGGGUCAACUUGCGGCGGCCCAGAACGCGAUGCUCGACUCCAGCACCGGAAAGGAGGACCAGGUCGCCCGCCAGACUUUGGACUACAUCGAGGACGAGAUCAACAACGGCUUCCGCUACCUCCGCGAUUUGAUGAAGAAGAUCAAGCAGACCCCGGGCUCCGGAGAUAACCGCGUCCAGACGCAGGUUGAUGUCACCAGCCGCAACCUCCGCCGCGAAAUCGAACAAUACCAGCGCUGCCAGUCUGACUUCCAGAAGCGUCUGAGAGAGCAGGUUCGCAGACGUUACGAAAUUGCGAACCCCGAGGCAACCCCCGAGGAAAUUGAUCAGGGUGUCGACAAUGUGCUGAUGGGCCAGGAGCAGAGCUUCCAGGUUACUGGUAGUCGGACUAGACAGGCGAAUGAUGCCAGACAGGCCGCUCUGGAACGCUCGGCCGCUAUCCGCAAGAUUGAGCAGGAUAUGAUUGAGCUGGGCCGACUGUACCAAGAAGUAGCGGAGCUUGUCCACAUGCAGGAGCCUGCUGUGGAGCAGAUUAGCCAGGACGCAGAGAACGUUGCUGGUAACGUGGCCAACGCCAACACGCAGAUCACGGAAGCCAUUGCCAGCGCUCGCCGGGCAAGAAAGUGGAAGUGGUACGCUCUGCUUGUCGUCAUCCUCAUCAUUGCCAUCGUUGUUGGUGUUGCCGUCGGUGUCACCGAAGCCAACAAGUCCAAGUGA